CGUGUUGGCUUGUAGAAUAGCGCUGCGCUUGCUAACGGUGUAGGCGCUGUGUCGCCGCGAUAUGGACGCGUCUAAAUUCGGUCGUCUUGGGCGCCUUUGUAGCCAGAAGCGUGUGCAAUUCUCGUUUGCGUAAAAAUAAACACGCGCCAAAGCAGCGUAGAGCGCGUUAGGUGGCUGGUGUAAUGAAAUUGGGCCACUCGAGGGGCCAGCAGUGAAUAAUGUAAAAACAAAACGACAACAAAAAUAAAAACAAAUAAAUUAAAUUUAAAAUAUAAAUACAAAAUAUAUAAAUAGCAUCAGCUAAAAAAAAAGAAAGAAACAAUCUGUCACAAAGCGAAAAAGUCAAACAACAACAAUUAAAGUAAUCUUAGUUAUAGCGUGUAGCAUAGUGUAUCAAAAAGGCAACAAAAUCAAAGCCAAAAAGUCUGUACUGUUAAACAGUUUCUCAAUAGUCCUUUAAGUGUAUGAAAUCAGCAAAUAAAAUACACACACACAUACAUACUCAUACAUGUAUAAGCAAGUGUUUACAAGCAAAUGAGUAUAUAUGUAUAUCCCCCAAACAAGCAAAUUGUGGUCAACAACAACUACAACUACUUCCACUUUAAUACAUGUGUGCGCCUUACGGUCUCCUAAGUGUUUUGAGUGACUGCAAACAAAUAAAUAAGUGUAGAUGAAAGUGAAAAGAAACCCAAAAAAGUGAGCAAAAAGCAAAGCGAAAAAAAGCUGAUAAGAAAGUUGCGAGCCAGCUGCCAGUCCUCUAUAAAUACAAUCUGUUCAAAAUUUGGCUCUAAGCACAAAACACACACACACAUAUAUAUUACAUACGUAUGUAUACAACAGUUCCACAUGUGUAUGUGUUUGCGCUCGCCCCAUUUACCGUAAUUGCUCAGCGCCAACCAAUAUUGCUGCUGAAAGCAGAACAGCAAAAGUGCUUAAGCGGAGAUCAACUCAGCCUACAACUUAUUGUUGCAACAAAACCAUUAAUAUCCGUUACACGAGCAACAACAACACAAAAUAUUUAACAAAAAAGAAAUAGUUUUUUCAUAGCAAGUCAGGCGCCGCUUCCUGGCAUUUGUCAGCGUCAAUAAAAUUCGCAUUAAAAUUUGUGUGCAACAUUGCCGCAACAAAGGCCAAGUAGCUGUUGUUGCUGUUGCUAGUGCCUGGUGUUUGGUGUUUAAUAGUAGUUGGCGCGGCCACCACUGGCCGACCGCAUGCAACAAUUUCAAUUUAUCACAAUUUGCGUGCGUGAGUGAGUGCUGCGGCGUGUGCGCGCCACCAAGCGAUUAGUGCAGCAGUGACCAACUGGCCGAUUGUGGCACAAGCAGUCAGUCAAAGUGGCAAGGCAAGUGGCGCUGCUGUAGUGCUGGUGCUCAGCGAAAGUGAAACUAAUACCAAAUAAAUUAUAUGCAACAGAAAAAAGAAAACAACAACAAUAACAGUGUUUCAGUGUGUGAUUUUUGUGAACCUUGGUGCGGCACAUUUAACGGCUGAACAAACGCAAGGAUCGCCACAAGGCAGGACCUUGCACGAAAGUGUGAGUGUGUGCGUGACAGCUGAAAUAUCGAGCGUAAAUGGCAAAGUGAGAGGAGAAAAAAAUUAAAACAAAACAAAACGAAAAAACGGUACUUAAAGGACAAACAAGGAGUGAGGACUCGCAUGAUAAAACAAACAAGUAAAUAUAAAAACAACAACAAUAAACAUUAAGAGCGUGUCGUUUAAGUGCUUGUAAGCGCAACAACAACAAGCACAACAAACGAACAACACUUGAGCGUCCGCGUGCAUAUUUACCGCUGAUUACAGCAAAAAUAAAAAAACAAAAAUAACAAACCAAGCGAAGCAAGGUGAAAGCAACAAAAAAUUAAAUAAAUGCGCAACAACAACAACAACUACAAUAAGUACUUACAAAUAUUUGGCACGAUAAUAAAAUGUUAUGGCAUUGCAGAGGUGCACGCAUACAGCAAAAGCUCAUUUAAAACAAAUGUUGCUGCCAGCAGCAACAACAACAACAAAUGCAAUAAGAACAGUAACAAGUACAACUGUAAAUGACAUUAGUUCUGCCUGUAAGUGGUAGUGUCAGUAGUUGCCGUUAUAGCGCCAAACAAAAACACGGAAACGAGAAUUCACGAAACAUAAAACUAAAGUGUUGCCAUACGCAGCCAAAAAAACAACAACAAAACAAAAUAAGUACUUACUUGAUGCCAUUGUCACUGCCCCAACGCCGAAGGUUUGAGGCAGCAAAUACAGGCAAAAAGUAAAAAAAAAACAGUGUGCUGUAUACCAACAGCAACGCCGCAAAAACAAAAGCAUUUAUAGGUGGCAACACUGUAAUUAAGUGUAAUGCCAAGUUUUUGCUGCCACAAACAGCAUGAAAACUAUCCAAUUACAAAAGGCAAGUAUUGUAGACGCACUGCUGACAUUCGGUCGCAUCAAAAACUCUUACACAUUCUUGCCAAUUACAACAAUAACAAUAACAAUAACAACAACAUAUCAACAAAACGUGCAAGCAUUGCAAGUGAAACAAAAACAAAGCGCGUAAAAGCACCGUUAAAUUAAAAAGAAUUACAAAGUACUAGUGUACAGAAACAAAAACAACCACAAAUAAACCUUAAGAAAGCUACGCAACACAAGAGAUUCCACAGAAACUUAUCCCGUGUUGCACGUAUAUAAAUGACGGAUUGCAGACUUGUGCAACAAAAUGGCAACCCCGCAUAUUUCCCAAAUCAUUAUCAAUCAAAAAUUCCCAUUUGCAAAUGCUGCGACACAAACACAAUUAACAACAACAAAACCAACAAGUACAACUGCAACAAACACAAAGCUAUGUCGCGUUCAAGAGAGUCGUCGUUGGGUGCGAAGAAAAUGUUUUUGCACUGCGUUGAAGUACAAGCACAACAACAACAGCAGCAGCAACAACAAAAGCGACAGUACUCGCCACUCGCUGCACUGGCUCCAGCUUGGUUGGAGCGAACAAUUGCUGCUGAUAUGCAUGCUACUCGCCAGCACGUGGGGUCCAACUGGCUGCGACGAGUCACAGGACUUUCAGAAAGCGAUACCUGCCAGAGUUGUUUGGGCUGCAGUUGGCAAAAGCGUCGAUUUGCUGUGCGAUCUAACGCCUCCGACGCCGCAGGACUCCGUGAAGCUGCUGUUGUGGUUCAAGGACUCCACCGGAAUACCACUUUACAGCUUGGAUUCGCGCGGCGGAAAUAUCAAAUUAGCACCGCAUUCGGCCAUAGCUAGCGAUUUGGGUCAGCGUUUGUUCUUCUCCAUUGGCGAUAAUCUGAAGGACUCGCGCCUGCAGAUACGCGAUGUGAAGCCAACAGAUGGCGGCAUUUACCGUUGUAGAAUAGACUUUUUCAAUUCGCCAACACGCAACUUUAGAAUUAAUUUAACAUUAGUCGUUCCCCCCGAGGAGCCACGCAUUUUCGAUGCUCAAGGCAAGGAGAUUGCCCAAAUGGCCGGACCAUUUCGUGAGGGCUAUGAACUUUUUUUAUGCUGUCAAGUUAAAGGAGGUCGUCCAGCGCCCAAAGUCACUUGGUGGCGCGAAGAUGUCGAGCUGAAGGGCACCAGCCACACGUCUGUGGAAGAGGGUGCCACCGUUAUGGUGAAUCAGCUGUUGAUUGGUACCACGACACGUGACUAUUUUGGCGCGAAAAUCGAGUGCCGAGCGCAGGGCACCAAACUGAUAGCGCCGGUGGUGAGGGAUGUCACGGUGCAAGUGCAUUUGAAACCGGUGCGCGUGAAAAUCCUCACAGCCAAUGACCUGCUAACUGCCGGCCAGCCUGUGCCUUUGCGCUGCGAUUCGUAUGGUUCAUAUCCGGCGGCGAAGAUUACAUGGCUAUUGGACGGCGAACCCAUACGGAAUGCGGAAGUGACUGUGCAUAGCGACAGAGAGGACUCAAAUACCACAACCAGCAUACUCAAUUUAAAGGUAACAUCGGAAAAUGAUAAUGCCGAGCUGAUGUGCCGUGCGUCGAAUCCCUGGUUCUCCGGCAGCGCCAUCGAGGACAAGCGCAUCAUUCGAGUGGCAUAUCCGCCAACAGUGUCCGUGCAUUUAGCGAACGAGGACCCGAGUCGCUUUGUUACCAAGGCUGAGGGUCAAAAUGUGACGUUCAAGUGUCGCGCCGAUGCGCGACCUCCAGUCAGCUCGUAUGCUUGGUUCAAAAAUGGCAUGCGUAUGUCCGGCGAGAGCACCGAGAUACUGCAUCUGACUCAGUUGGCGCGCGAGAGUGCUGGAGCUUACGCUUGCGGCGCGGCCAAUACGGAAGGAGAGACGCGUAGCUCCAGCUUGACGCUGAAAGUGCAAUACUCGCCCAGAUGUCGACCGGGCACCGAGCAAACGUCAAUCGGCGCGCUGAACAUGCACUCGGUGCAGGUAAAAUGCGAAGUGGAUGCGGAUCCGCCAGACUCGGUGAAAUUCAGUUGGACCUACAACAACACAAGAAAUGUGUCGCCGGUGCUCAAUUCGAGAAUCACUUCGAAUGGAUUGGUCAGCACCGUUACGUAUCUGCCGCAAACCGACUCGGAGCUGAUAACGCUCGCCUGCUGGGCGAGCAACUCGGUGGGACGCCAGACCAUCCCCUGCCUGGUGCAUAUACUGCCAGCAAAUCCACCGGAGGCGCCAAAGGCUUGCGAACUGCGCAACGACACCGUUUUGGAAGUAGUCUGUGUGGCCGGCAACGACGGUGGUCUCACGCAAUAUUUCCUGCUUGAAGUAAUUGGCGGCGAUCCACUUUAUGCCAACGAUGCGGGACGCAGCUUCGCCGAUGCAAAUGUGGGCGACAAUGAGCUCUCCACCAUGAAUGAUCAGGCGACGUCAGCACCGGUACUUCGCAUGCAAGAGCCGCAACCGCAAUUUCGUCUCAACAGCUUGGAGCCGGGCCGAGAAUAUCAAUUUCUCGUGUAUGCCGUUAAUGCGAAGGGACGCAGCGAGCCGCCGGUCGUAAUCGAGCGUGUACGAGUGGCGGCACAAUUGGGACCUUACGACGAGUCCAUACUCUCCGAGGAUCCCACACCGGCGGAAACGACACACCAUUCAAGUGGCGGCCUGAGCGCCAGCGCUAGCGGUAGCGGCGUGGCGGCGGGUGCGGGCGCCAGCAUCAAUGUGCAUGGACAUGAGAAACAGCAGUCGCAGCUACUCAUACUGGCCGCCGUGGUGGCGAUAGGUGCCGUCAUUGUAACGUCAAUUAUCGUCGCGGGUAUUGUGGUCGUCUGCAGGCAUCGACCGCGACCACCUGAACCGCAGGAUGUGCGCAAAAGUAUGCGACCCGCCCGCAGUGAUGUGCCGUCCAUGUACAUCGAGGAGGACGCGCUGAACGACGAAGAGGCGCUGGCCGGUACACGCUCCGCCGACAUACGCGCGGCACGCGUGCUGCCCUCGACGCUGGGGCCGCGCUGCAGCGCCAGCACAACGAGCAGUCAACACCACUACAUCUCCGAGGGUUUCAUACAGUACGCACAGCCCAGCCUCAAUGGCGACUUCUUAAUACCUCUGCUUGAUUGCACCAACAAUGCCGGCAGUAGCAACAAUUUCACAGUCACAGCAAGCGAUGGCACCGGCAGCACAAGCGGCAAGUGCAAGCAGUGCUCGGGUGUUGCAGCUGUCAGCCGCUCGAAGCGUUAUCCCCCCUACCUGUGCAUGCCGUGCGGCGGCAGGGGCAACAAAAUCAUGGCGCCACUGAAUGGAAGGCAACAGAAAUUACUGAUUUAUCAGAGCUGCAGUGAUGUUUGAACCCCGACUUGAUUUUGCCACGCGGCGAAAUGGAAUUCACGACGAUGGAUCCAAUGCUAAAGUAAACAACUAGCCGCCGCAGUGAAGUUAAAAACUCAACAACAACAACAAAAACAAUGUGAAACAAUGCAUUUUAAGGAAUUUCAGUUUGGUAUGUUCUAAGAUUGCAGCUCGAAUUUUUUUAUAAAACAAAUCUAGCGUAAAGUUAUUAUAGUUAAAAUAUUUAAAUUUAAGUUUUAGUCCAAUUAAGAGAGCAUAGUUAGCAUAAGUUGAGAGUAUUAUAAAGAAACAAAAAUUAAAACAAAAAUACAAAAAUAGUGUCUAUAAAAUUUGUAAAUAUUUAGCAUAUGAGUACACACAAAGAAAACAAGUAACUCUAGAAGUCAUUAUCGCUCAAAUCAUAUUUCGAAGUUAAAGCAAGCUUGAAAUUCGGCAAACAGAGUAAAUUGAAAAGAGCAAAAUAUGACAACAGCUCUCUUUGCUAAAUUUAUAUUCGGUUUCUAAAGUUGGACGCUCACUCAAUUAUACUCUGGUCGCCACGUGUGCACAGCCUAAGUUUGCUUAUUGCUUAAGUUGUUUUAACGAUAAUGAUUUUCGGGAUUAUGUUGCUAAUGAAUUUAAGAAAAUAUAAAUAAUAUAUGAGCAUCACACAGCCAUACACACAUUCUGGGUAUGUUUAGGUUUAUUUUUGAUAAUUAUAUAACACAAUACAACAGGCAAUUGGUAACAGAGUGCGGCAUGCUGGCUAUUAAUGGAGUUUUUAAGGAAAUAAAGUAUAGCCCGAAAUUCUACCGAAGUUUGUGGAAAUUCACUUAGAAAGUCAAAUAAACUUUAAGAUUUUUUUUCAAAUGUAUGAAGGCGAAAAAUAGUGAAGAGAUUUGAAGGCGCACCUCAAAUGCUCUGCCUGAAGCAUUGGGAUAUACUAAUUGGUACAUAUUCAGCUCACACUCAAUAUUAUUAAACUGUGGGCCACAUUUAGAAGAGAUUUUUUUUACAUUGAAAUUACAGUGAGAAAUUUAAUGUAUUUAAUAGUGCUUUCGCACAGUCAAAAUAAUUUAGUAUGUACAUUAAACUUAAAAUGAAGAAACAAGUCAGCUGUCACGUUUGCUUGUGUUCUCGUUUUGUAUUUUUUCUAAUUACUAAAACUCAUCAGCUGAUUGCUAUUUUAUCAAAUGCACACAUGCAAGUUUACGGCCUGGACAAGAACCCGUAAAGUUACAGACAGUUAAAUUUAUAGCAUGGACAACAACCCACAGAGUUGCAUUCGAGUUUUGACUUGAUUUCAAUUCGAUUAAGAUUUGAUGUUGUAAAAUUAGGUUUUUAUUUUGUAUGGUAAAUCGAUUUUAGCGCUUUCAAUGAGCAAAAGCCAAUAAAAAUUAACUCAUGUGGGAAAGGGCUAUAAACUUUGGCAUACCAAAUUUGAGUAGGAGCCAUGCUGGAAAGCUUUCCAUUGUAUACUCUAUAUGUUCAAUUAGUUAAUAUACAUAAGUAUAAAUGGUAUUACUCUCUCACGAAAUUACAAGAUGCAAUGUACAUUCUGUACAAGAAACCCAUAAGUAUUGGAGCAAUCUUAAAAUCUUAUUAAACUGUUAUCUUCGACUUCUGGUCAAUAAGCUGCUAUAAUGGCGGUUAUCUUUAUAACAAAAUUUGAAAUUCAAUAAUUUUUCUUUCAAAAACAAUCUUAUGAGUUUUACACAUUAUUAAUUAGGCGUAUAGAUUAUUAAGCAAGUAAGUUGUUUGAGUUAAGUAGUGGUUAGGACUAAUAACUACGGUAGGUCAUGGUUUGAUAUUCGAAAAAUAUUUCCCUGCACUUUCUGGGUAUUUUUGCUAAUAACUUUUUAUGCAUGUUGGGGUAAAGGUUAGGUGGACCCACCUCAAAAAAAAUUGCAGUACAAUUAAUACCAAUUUUUCUAAUCUUCAGCAAAGUAAUAUUAGCUGUUUUAAAAAAUAAUUUUCAUUGGCGGUUAAGUGGUAGUACACAAAGUAUACCGGCAUGAAAUGAGCGUUUUGUUGCAAAAAUGGAACACUAUUUUUGAAUGGGAAAGUAAAAAUUUAUUCAAAGCAUUCACCAUUACUUUUUACACAUUUUUAACAAUUUGUGGAUACCAGUUCGUCUUUGCAACAAACCAAUCACACACAAAAUUUUCCACUUCUGCGUGUUCCAUCGAUAAAAACAAAUGAUAAUGGGAAGGGGCCAAGUCUGAUGAAUACGUCGGGUUGCAGCUCUAAGCCAAAUACUUUGAUUGUAUCCUGAACCAAUUUUGCUUUGUGUGCAUUGUCGAGGUACAAAAUUACUUUGUCGUGUCUUUUGACGCAUUCUGAUCGUUUUUCGAUCAAUGCAUGGUUCAUGGUUUUGAUCGUUUGAUGUCUGUAGCCAUAACUAUUAACAGUUUCAGCAGGUUUUAGAAGCUCAUGAUAUUACAAACAAAAAAUGUAAUUUUAAGUUCAUUUUUGUUUCAAUACGAUUUUAUUAACAAGUAAUGUUUAAGCUUAAUUACGUAGUUGUUAUUAUAAGUACUAAUUAGUUAUUCCUAUAUUUCUACAUAAGAUCAGUGCCAUAAAUUUUAAUUUUACUUCUAUUAUGAUAGCUUAGAAAAAAACAGCUCAAGCCAGAUUUAAAGUUAACAUCGAGCGAAUAGAAAGCGGCCGCACUCUGUUUGUAAUAUUAAUUGCCAACUGUAAAUGAUUUUAAGCGAAUAACCGCAGUUCCCACUAGACAACCAAGUACUUACACGUGUCUGCCAAAAUUGCAUUAACCAAACUACUUUUAAACUUACAAAUCUUAAACUUGAUUUGCUAUAGGAAUAAGCCUCUUAAGCGAUAGUGCGCCCACAAUACAACUACAACUACAAAUAACGUUAGUUUCCAAAGCUAACUAUGAAAAAAAUGUACAUAAAGCGCGUUUACAAACGAAAAAAUCAUACACACAUGCAUAUGUAUAUAUUCUACUUCAUCAUAACCCAAACCGAAAUGUUAAAAAGUAAAGUUAGCACUGUAAAAACAACAACAAAAAAUAAAAACGAAAAUCAAAUGAAUAAAUUCACUGAUCAAACAGACAAAGAGAGUAAUCAAAAUCAUUUGUAAAUUACUUCAUUUUAUAGCGAUUAGACAAAUAUAUCUAGAGCAUAUAUACAUAUAAAUACAUAUAAACAUAGAUACAUACAUAUACAUAUGUAUAAGUUAAGUUUGGUUAAGUUUGACUAGUGUAGCUGAUGGAAAUCAAAAGGAAUUUAAUUUAAGUUUAACAAGGUAAAUGCAAAUGUCUAAUAAAGAGCAAAAUAAACAGAGAAAAUGGAGAGAAAACAUUAAAAAGAAAUAAACCAAAUACAAAAGAAAACAAAAUAUAAAAAAAAAAACAAAA